UCCUGUCUAUCCAUGAAGGACACGAAAGAAGAAACUAGAAGUUUUGAUCUUAAUUCAAGACACCAAAUGAACUACAGCAAGAGCAUUUUAUUGUCAUUAUUGCCGUGGUUACCUACGAAUGGUCUGGCGAUGUCUCAGACUAUAUACACACAGUGAAAAAAAAACACAGUGUGGCAACAGACCGUUGAAACCUGAAGCAGUGAUUGGCUCUUAAACCAACAGGCAUUCACAAUAGUGAUAACAUCAUGUUUAGGAACUGGUUGCUAUGACAAAAGGUACUAAAUUCAUUGAUUUUCUACUCGUUAUAGGCAUUUCCCAAUUGAAACUACCCAGUAUAUGUGCUCUGGCAAUAACUAAUGCCUCCAUCACUGGAGUGCUGCUCAGUUUUUGGUGUGAGCAUGGCAUUGGUCGGGCUGGUUUGGGCUGCUAGCCUUCUGCUGAGUUACCCAGUCGGUGCAGAGGAGUGGUGCACGGGCUCCAUGGGAGGGGCAUGCCCUCCCACUUGGCACCAGUGGGGGAUGGAAUGCUACAAAGCCACAGGGAGGAAGUUGGCCUGGCUCAAGGCAACAAAGGAGUGUGCUCAGAUGGGAGGAGUGAUGGCCGUGCCCCAAUCCAAGAGCGAGAGCCAGGUAUUACUCGACUUGAUGCCGCGGGGUGAGACUCGCAUCUGGAUUGGUUGCACCGAUGAGCAAGUGGAAGGUAGAUGGGUAUGCUGGGAAGGGGUGAGGGUGGUUCCCUUGAAGGAGAUGCCUUGGGCCAUGGGUGAACCCAACAACAAUUCAGGUGGCGCAGCGGAAAACUGUGCCGUGCUGAAUUCAUCGGGUGACUGGAAUGACAUACCAUGCAAAGAUGUGGUGAACCUAUUCACAGUUUGCAAACAGCCUGCGACUCCCCUCUUGCAUUUUUGAAGUCUCAGAAGAUAUGAGCCCAAUGCAUGUGAACAGCAGACUGCUUUAGAAUUCCUACAGGCCAGUCUCUAUUUCUCUGUAUGUCACAGUCUUAUUAUUCACCUAGCAUAAUCAGUGGCUUGUUAACUAUACAUUGUAACUAACUUUCAAACCAAAGUCAAACAACUGAGCCAAAAAAGUAUUUAAAAAUAAAAAAAAAACAAUAAAUACAUGUGCUCCUAAUUCUAGAUGAAAAACAAAAAUACAGCCCUAUUUGAAAGAAAUGAGGCAAACAUGCAUGUGAGUAGGCAAGUAUCACCUUUUGUUCAUGGUACUUGUAGAUGUACCAUCAACCAAAGGUGAUAUUUAUGCCAACUCUGACCAAACAUGUGAGGAGGAGGCAACAUUAGAAAGGUCUGUAAGCACGGCAGGGUUUCAUCUGGGACUGAAAUAACUACCUGUCCUUUCCCAGGCAAUGUUAAACAGAGGUGAGAUUCUUGGAAAAUGAAAUAUCCACAAAAUCAUCAUCAGAGGUUUUGGGGGCUCCACAGCAAUGAAGGGUCGAUGGUAAACAUUAAUGUUUGCCUAAUUAGCCUCACUAAAAGGCAUUCCUUAACAUUCCCAUUUAUGUUCUGUAUAAACUUUUAUAUAAAAACACCUUAGUUAACUACAAACUCAUAAUUUCCAGAUUUUAACAGUGAUUGUUUGAAAUAUUCUGACAAAUCUCACCCCUGGUUAAAAGCCGUUGGUGCACUCCCAGUCAAAUGUAUGACACUGCUACCCCUUGCUGCUUUCUGAGCCCAUGUUUUCAUUGCAUCCAAUCCUUUGGAUAGAUAUACGCAUAUUUUUUUUCUCCAGUGUUCAACAUUUGUGAAAUACACGUAAAUUGGCAUCUGUAAAUUCUGCCCUAGCAAAUUAAAUAAUCAUUUAAAAAAUACUCAAUAAUCAAUGUGAAGAUGUGUUCCAUGCAAGGCGUGGUCCAUUAUGAUUACUGGAAUCGUUACUAUUAAACAGCAGAAACUCAUGUUGCCUUAUCAGCAUCCACCACGUAGAGGACUUUUUCACAGGAUUGGGAGGGGUGCAUUGUGCAUAUCCACUAUGCAUGUUGUUUGCUUUAACACUUUGACUAAUUAUCCCAGGUUUGGGUUGAUUUUCUCUCGCUAAGAUUUUCCGAGCAUUGAAUGUAUCAAGGGUAUGAGGUUGUCUUGUUAUUAAAUGUAAUAAAGAUUUAGCUUUCACCUAUGCUGCAUUUACUACUUGAAUUGACUCAGAACUGGUCGGUUGUAAAAAAUAUCUCCAUCAUGUAUAUGUAAAUGAAGUACUGGUAUGUAUCUUUAUGACAAAACAAACAAUCACCUGUUUUAUUAAAUAAUUACCCAUGAUUAUAUCUGUCAUGAAAUUAGAAUUCAUCAGUGAGCUGUUGUUUUAUAAGAGUUGCUUUUAUGCAGGCAGAUAUGUACAUGUUCAAUUUGUCUGAAUGUUUUCAGUCUGGUCUUCUUUUAUGUUUGGUUGGCUUCAUUCAUUUUGUUUUGUUUUUCAGCUUAGUCCCAGUACAUGUUGACCCAAAUCCUAA